UUUUGCAGGUGGUUUCAUCCCAACAUCACCGGAGUAGAAGCAGAGCAGGUGCUUUUGACAAGAGGCGUCCAUGGGAGUUUUCUAGCACGGCCCAGCAAAAGUAACCCUGGAGACUUCACAUUAUCUGUAAGGCGAAACGAUGAAGUAACACACAUUAAAAUCCAAAAUACUGGCGAUUUCUAUGAUUUAUAUGGAGGGGAAAAGUUUGCUACAUUAGCAGAACUGGUUCAGUAUUACACGGAGCAGCAAGGUCUACUGCGUGAGAAGAAUGGUGACGUUAUUGAACUGAAAUAUCCAUUAAAUUGCAAGGACCCUACAUCAGAAAGGUGGUACCAUGGACAUCUGUCUGGCAAAGAAGCAGAAAAACUACUUAUAGAUAAAGGAAAACCAGGCAGUUUUCUUGUGCGGGAGAGUCAAAGCAAGCCUGGAGACUUUGUCUUGUCUGUUCUGACAAGCGAGGAAAAGCUGGAGAAUGGAGAUCGCCGACCGAAGGUCACACAUGUAAUGAUCAGGUUCCAGGAUGGAAAGUAUGAUGUUGGAGGAGGAGAGCGCUUUGACACUUUGACAGACCUGGUGGAGCACUACAAGAAAAACCCCAUGGUAGAAAUUUCUGGAAUCGUUGUACACCUAAAACAGCCAUUCAAUGCUACAAGGAUAAAUGCAGCCAACAUCGAAAACAGGGUAAAGGAGCUGAAUAAAACAGCAGAACAUUCAGAGAAGGCAAAACAAGGAUUUUGGGAAGAAUUUGAGGUCCUGCAGCAACAAGAAUGUAAAUUCCUAUAUCCCAGAAAAGAGGGACAAAGACUUGAAAAUAAAAGCAAGAACAGAUAUAAAAAUAUUCUGCCAUUUGAUACUACUAGGGUUAAACUUACAGAACUCGAUGAAACAAUAAUGAAUUAUGAUUACAUCAACGCUAACUAUAUUAGGAAUAUCCCUGAAGAUGGGAAAUCUGCAGAGGAAUGUAAAUCCUACAUUGCCACACAAGGCUGCCUGCAGAACACUGUCAAUGACUUCUGGCGAAUGGUUUACCAAGAAAAUACCCAUGUUAUUGUAAUGACAACAAAAGAAGUCGAACGUGGAAGGAAUAAAUGUGUUCGGUAUUGGCCAGAAGAAAACUCAUUUAAAGAAUAUGGAAACAUCUGCAUUAGGAAUGUUGAAGAACAUACGGCGCAAGAUUAUGUUUUAAGAAUAUUGGAGCUAACACGCUUGGAUAGGCAUGAAGUUCCGAGGCAAAUAUGGCAGUAUCAGUACCUGAGCUGGCCAGAUCAUGGCGUUCCCAAUGAGCCUGGUGGAGUCUUGAGUUUUCUAGACCAAGUUAAUCAAGAACAACAAAGCAUUCCACAUGCUGGUCCAAUUAUUGUGCACUGCAGUGCUGGAAUAGGAAGGACUGGAACCAUAAUUGUAAUCGAUAUAUUAAUUGACAUUAUUAAUAGACAAGGUCUCGACUGUGAUAUAGAUAUCCCCAAAACAAUCCAGAUGGUGCGGAGGCAACGAUCAGGAAUGGUACAAACAGAGGCUCAAUACAAAUUUAUAUACAUGGCAGUACAACAAUAUAUAGAGACUGUACAGAAAAGGCUAGAAGAGGAACAGAGAAACAAAACAAAAGAGAGGGAAUAUUCCAAUAUCCGGUAUCCACCUAUGGAGAAACCAAAGAGCAGACCACAGACACCCAGUGCCAGAACUUCUCCAAUGGUAAAUGAAGAUCCAGGUUGUGUCUAUGAAAAUUUGAACAUCAAGAAUCCAAAGGUUGUAGGGAUCAGCAGUGCCAGAAGAUAAAAGCCUGAAGACUGCACUGUGACAGUGGGAAAAAGAGGAACUGCAGUCUUACAACUGGCUUCUGUAUGAGCUUGAGAGAGUCGCAUCUCUGAUCCAGUUUCUUUGAAACCAUGAGUGGCUUGAAUAUCAGUGAAAGGAAGCAUGCCCAAAUGGAUUUGUUUAUGGAACAAAAAAUGAACUUUCUCACUUCAUCUUUUAUUUAUGUACAAGUGCCUGCUGACUUGAAACUGGAUUCAAUUUUUAGAAUAUGUGCCAGUUUAUCAUGCAAGCUUUAAUGAUAAGCAGAAUACCCUAAAAUGUUACUGGGUUUAUUCCUUUGGAAUGUUUUAAAUACAAAUAACUUGCACUUUUUAUAUGAACCAUUGAAGAUAGUGACCAGAAAGAUCUGUUUUGAACAAAAACAGUUAUACUUUAAAAAUGUGUUUUAAAUGGGUAUAUCAACUAAGAUGCCUUUCACAGUUGUCAUAGCUAAAGUUCAUUGUCUUUGCUUAGAUUUACUGUUGCCAAAAUAUGAUUAUUGAGUGUUAGCAGGGGUUAUAUCAGAAUACAAAGAAUG